AUGACGUAUGCUCCGGUGACAAUCGACUACGUGGCAUGUCUUCUCCAGCGCGCCGACAGGAGACGCACUGCCAACCGGCGCAGAGGAUAAUGGGGCGGAGCAGGCUCUAAGCAGGCAGCCAUCAACGCGAAUAUACUUCGAUUGAGCCAGGAAGAGGCUACGUUAAGAAGUUGUAACACUAUUCAGAUUGUUUUUUCCGAACGUUGAACUUGAAUUUCGAAGUGCCUUAUUGUCGGAGAAGAGAUGGGACACAACGACCUGAUGGGCCAGGCGGAGGAUGUAGCGGACCAGUUUCUGCGUCUCACCAAGCAGUAUCUUCCCCACUUGGCGCGCUUGUGUCUGAUCAGCACCUUCCUGGAGGACGGGGUGAGGAUGUGGUUCCAGUGGUCAGAGCAGAGCGACUACAUCUCGGCCACGUGGAACUGUGGCUGGUUCCUGGCCUCCUGCUUCGUCCUCAUCAACCUGCUGGGGCAGCUGGGUAGCUGUGUAUUGAUCCUCAGCAGGAAUUUGGUUCAGUAUGCCUGCUUUGCUCUGUUUGGAAUCAUUGCCCUGCAGACUGUGGCAUACAGUAUACUCUGGGAUGUGAAGUUCCUCAUGAGGAACCUGGCUCUGGGAGGCGGGCUGCUACUGCUAUUGGCUGAGAGCCGGGGCGAGGGGAAGAGCAUGUUUGCCGGGGUGCCGUCUCUCGGGGAGAGCUCCCCCAAACAGUACAUGCAGCUGGGGGGGCGUGUCCUCCUGGUUCUGAUGUUCAUGACCCUACUGCACUUUGAGUUGAACCUCAUCACUAUCCUGCAGAACCUGGUGGGCACGGCGCUGAUCGUGCUGGUGGCGGUGGGCUUCAAGACCAAGCUGGCGGCGCUGACGCUGGUGCUGUGGCUGGCCUGGAUCAACCUGUUCUUCAACGCCUUCUGGACGGUGCCCACCUACAAGCCCAUGCACGACUUCCUCAAGUACGACUUCUUCCAGACCACCUCGGUGAUCGGGGGCCUGCUGCUGGUGGUGGCCCUGGGGCCCGGGGGGGUCUCCAUGGACGAGAAGAAGAAGGAGUGGUGAGGGGGAGGAGGAGGAGGAGAGGGGCAUGGUUAGAGAGGGAGGGGGGGCUGAUGAGUUGAGUCUCGUCAUAAAGAGGGGAGAAAUGUAUGGAGGCAUGUCAUUUAAGGGAUGACGUUUGCAUCCGAGGCGGAGGAGUGGAUGAUCGAGAGGCGAGUGGGUGGGUGGAUGGACUGAUCGAUCGCUAGAUGGAUGGAUGAGUUUUAGUGGGGAGGAGACGUAGACAAAUGGGUCACGGGAUCUUGGUCAGCUUUUUGAGAGGCUUGACUGUCCACCAGAGUUAGGCCUCUGUGUCGGUCCGAUACCUCCCCCUCCUCUCCAUCAACAGACGGAUAGACAGUUUCUCCCGACUUUAUCUCUUCCUACCCACUCCUCGUCUCCACACUUAAUGUGUUAUCUGUCAGAAGACUACUGCUUCUUCUUUCUCUUUCCGGUUAGGAAUCAAAUGUUCCAUCUGUUUCAGAGUGCUUCGAUUUAGAUUUCUGUUGAUUUGAGAGACAUUUUGAAAGUGUGUGUGUGUGUGUGUGUGUGUGUGUGUGUGUGUGUGUGUGUGUGUGUGUGUGUGUGUGUGUGUGUGUGUGUGUGUGUGUGUGUGUGUGUGUGUGUGUGUGUGUGUGUGUGUGUGUGUGUGUGUGACUGACUGAUAGUUGCUGUCCUCUACAAAGCAUUUCUGCUUUCAAUAUCUGGAGUGUUUCCAACUACUGCCAAAAUGUAGAGAAACUCAAAGUGCCAAUACUAUGAUAGACACUUACAGGCCCUCAGUCUAAGCAGAGUGGUUCUGCCGUUGUGUCUAAUGCUGCCUGUCCCGUAGAUCCACCUUAGGCAUCGCAUUAAUGGUAGGAAAUAUAUUUCACAUUGUUAAAGACUUGUAUGUGCGACCAUCUGUAUGUCUGGUUAUUAGACAGACAGACCGGCCCGUAUAGAUAGGCAGACAGACAGACAGCUGGCUCUUAUGAGGUUAAGCUGUUGAUGAAUGAUUUCAUUACAAAAAUAUCAAUCAAAGCAGGCAACAUAUUUUUAUCUGUCCCUCUGUCUGUUUGCUUGUCAGUCUUUUUUCCCCCCAGAAUCUAUAUGUUGAGAUGCAUUGAAAUGGUUUUCUAUUGUGUGUUUAUGAAGAUGUUUGAUAAAUAAAUUUCAAUCUUUCAGA